AUGAGCAAUGCCGGACUCUCUUCCGGAGCCAUCGACGGAAUCCUCAAGAUCGCUGCCACCUACAAACCAAAAGAAGGCGAGAAGCCAGAUAUGGCUCAGGCUAUGGUGACUCUCGGGAAGCUGUUUGCUGAACUUGAGACAUUCAUCAAGACUCAACCAGAAUCCGAUCAAACCAUCUACCACGAUAUCAUCGAGAAGAAGAAGUCCGAGUUGGCUGCUCUUAUCAAGAAAUAG